UAAUAGAUACUCUACCCUGUAGUGUGGUCAAGUCAAUCUGCAAAUGGCUGCUUCAAACAACUUGAGUAUCCAGCAAGCAUACCCACCAGAUCAAACCGAUCUAUAUCAAUCGGUGCUUGAGGAACAAGCGGCUCCACCCGCGCCAUGUGGAGCCUGGUGCGUCUUGGCGUCUUGGCAUCGCGUGCCUCGAACCAUUUCUUCCUCAUCGAUUCUGCAUUGACCAACCUCUUCCUCUUCACCUUUUUUCUUGCGUCAUACGCUUCUCGCAUCGGUGAUCUUUUGAUUCUGACUUAUGCUAAUGAGCCUUUAUGCGUCCAUCACAGCAUGACACCCGCUCCUCUGUCGACAAUGUACCCACCACAGGCGAAGUAGCCGGCCAGCACCAUGUGCCGCCCCGAGAUCCCCACGGUUCACCGGGCCGGGACGUGCCCGACGAGGAAGACAAUACCAGCGUCAGCACCGUCAUCUACGAUGGAAACCCUCGAGUACAGCGUGACGCUGCACCGCCUUCCAACCGCUCCGACAGUUCGGACGAUGACGACGCCUCUAGCACCAAAAGCGAAAAGCCGGUCACCUGGCGCACACUACCCAAAAAAGGUCAACUGGCGAUCUUGACCUUCGCGCGCUUGUCGGAACCUCUGACCCAGACCUCGCUGCAGGCGUACCUGUUCUACCAGCUCAAAUCGUUCGACCCGUCGCUGCCGGAUUCGACCAUCUCUGCCCAGGCGGGCCUGCUGCAAGGGACCUUCACCGCCGCGCAAUUCGUAACGGCGGUCUGGUGGGGGAGACUGGCGGAUGCCGAGUGGAUGGGUCGGAAGAGGGUGCUGAUGAUCAGCUUGUUGGGGACAUGCAUCUCGUGUCUGGGCUAUGGCUUCUCGCGCUCCUUUGUGACCGCGGCGAUCUUCCGGACGCUGGGUGGGAUAUUAAACAGUAACAUUGGGGUGAUGAGGACGAUGAUCGCGGAGAUUGUCGAGGAGAAACGGUAUCAAUCGCGCGCGUUUCUCCUUCUGCCCAUGUGCUUCAAUAUCGGCGUGAUUAUCGGGCCGGUUUUGGGCGGCUCGUUGGCCGAUCCGGUCAACAGUUAUCCGCAGUUCUUCGGUCCGGGUUCAUUCUUCGGUGGUAAGGAAGGCGUGUAUUGGAUGAAACAUUGGCCUUUCGCAUUGCCCAACGUGCUGAGUGCGAUUUUCAUCUUUGCUUCGUUGAUCGCCGUCCUGUUAGGGCUGGAAGAGACACAUGAGGUUGCUCGGUACCACAGCGAUUGGGGUCGCAAACUCGGCCGCACCCUGGCCAGAUCCCUGUCCUUCCGUCGCAUACCCCGGCACUAUCGGGCGCUGGUCAGUCAUCCAGACGAUGAGUCGCUCUACGUCGACGGCAGCGUCACAAGCCGGUCAGCCCCCGCCAGUCCGGCUCACGUUCGUGCCUUGGUUCGCCGUAAGCGGCCGUCGUUUGGCCAGACCUGGACGCGCAAUGUCCUCCUGACACUGUUUGCCCACUUUCUCCUCGCCUUCCACACGAGCGCCUUCAACGCCAUGACAUUCGUGUUCCUGCCGACCCCGCGCGCUCCCAAAGGCAGCAACGACGGCUUCUUCCAUUUUGGAGGCGGCAUGGGUCUUCCCUCUGCGCGUGUCGGCCUCGCCACAGCCAUCAUCGGCGUCAUCGGCCUGCCCCUGCAGAUCUUCGUGUAUCCCCACGUGCAGUCCCGGAUGGGGACCCUGCCGUCUUUCCGCACCUUCCUGCCGUUCUCACCCAUUUCGUACGCCCUGAUGCCCUUUCUGGUGUUGAUCCCGCGCAUCCCGUGGCUGGUCUGGUCGACCUUCACUUUCGUCGUCGGGCUGCAGGUCGUCUCGCGGACAUUCGCCCUUCCAGCGGCGAUCAUCCUCGUGAACAACUGCGUCACUGAUCCAUCCGUUCUGGGGACUGUGCAUGGCGUGGCGCAGAGUGUCUCCAGCGCCGCACGCACUCUGGGACCGCUCCUCGGCGGCUGGGGCUUAGGUCUGGGCCUGAAGUAUAACAUGGUGGGAGCGGUCUGGUGGGCUCUGGCGGUGGAGGCGCUGCUCGGGUGGUUCUUGCUGUGGUCGAUCUUCGAAGGACGAGGCAUCGAGAAAAGGGAUCCCCCAGUCGACGAAGACGAGGAAUCAUAAAUUCUGCUGUGCUGCAUAUAUAUAGAGAUAUAUAGAUAUGAUGAGAUAGACGAGAAAUGUUUCAUGAUCCAACGCCGUCCAUUGUGACUAUCAAAGCGCAUGCAUAUCAUAUUAGGUCAUUAGUUCAUCAACGGUCCAUGACUUAUUUA